AUGAAACUCAAAGUAGUUUUUAUUCUAUUUUGUAUAGUUAUCACUUACGCUUCUGAACAAGAGCUAAGAUAAUGCGAGCCUUAAGGUGUUAAAAUAAGUUUAGGUGAUAAUAGGGAUAAAACAACUAAAUUAUAUUCUUUCAAAUAGAAAUCAUCAUCUCAUGAUUAUACAAUAACUUAUUUCUCAAAAGAAAAAUGUCCAUAGAAUUAUAUUAAGAUUUAUCAAACUUAAGAAACAGAAUUCAAAUUGUAUCCCAAAAUAACAUAUUUUAGACAAGACCCUGAUACAAUAACAACUCCUGAAGACUAAACAAGAGAUUAAGUAUUUGAAGUAUACAUUUAUGAGUUUUAAAUUGAUGUGAAGAAAUUAAAUUUAGAGGUGGAUAGUUUCAUAAAUUAUAGUUGCUUCUACUCGACUAAUAAUGGAACAAUCUUCGAGCAAAAAGGAGAGUAUAAAUUCUACAAUACUGAUUUUUCUAAGCUCUCAAAUAGAGAAGUAAAGGUACUUUGGGUAGCAGAUUUUGAUAUUGACAAAACAUAAAUUAAAAAAUUCAAUGGUAGAAAAUUCGGAUAUGAUAAUAUGAAAAGAAUAGAGAAAUAUAUCAAAAAGAAUAGAAAGCAAUAUGCUUCAAUCAUUGGAGGAGGUGAUUAUGCAUAUGAUCUUGUUGAUGAUAGUGGAUAAAGAGGUGCCAACUUUUUAAAAGCAGGAGAAUUUUUAUUCUCUUAAAUACCAUUUGUUACGAUUGCAGGAAAUCAUGAAGGAUGGUACAACUUUUAGUACUACAAUGCCUUUUUUAGAAAUCCAAAUUAUUCUAAGACAAAAAAUGAUUAUUACACACUAGAUUUUGGGAAUCUCGUAAUGAUUGGGAUUAAUACUAAUCGCUUUAUUAGAGAUGAACAAAAUAAAAUAAUAGGCUUAGAAUAGCCUUACUUUACAAAUCUUGUUAGCUGGUUAGACAAAACUCUUUAUUGGGCAAAUCAAAAUUAUUAAUGGGUAGUGGUAUUUACACAUCAAAACUAUUAUUGUUUUGAGGACAAUAUUUUAGGCUCAUGCUACAAAAAUCCAUAAUAAAUGGCUCCUUUAGAAAAUGUAUUGUUGAAUCAUAAAGUAGAUAUUUACCUUUCUGGACAUAUUCAUGCAUAUGAGAGAAUCCAUCCUAUUAAAAAUGGAUAAUUGCAAUUCAAAGAAAAUAGUUAAUGCAGCUUCAAUAAAUGUUCUGUUUACAAUUUACCUCAAGCUCCUGUCUAUGUAGUAGAUGGAACUGGUGGGACAAAACACUCCUUCUUUUAAGAUUCAGGAUAUGAAGGACAUCCUAAAUUUACAGCAUCUUCUGAUAGGCAUUUAGGCUUUAGUACAAUCACCGUUAAGAAUAAUACUCAUUUGCACUUUUAGCAUAUAUUGUCUGACACUUUUUAAGUUUUCGAUGAGUUUUACAUUUACAAACCUGAUUCAUCUAACAAUAGUCAGCAAAUUGAUACACCUGAAGUAAGUUAUGAAAGUGAAUUCGUAACUAAUAGCAGUGCAUCAAAUAUGAUUUACUUUAUAUUUAUAUUCUUAAUAUUCUGCUUGGCAUUUUUAGUAAUAUAUUUGUUAUACAGAAAGAGAAAUAACCCUUCAUCAACAAGCAGAUAGAAUUCAUACAAUCCAAAUAAUGCUUAUAAUUAAUAAUUCAGCAUGAAUUAGUAAAGAAAUUCGGAUGAUAGUCUCUGA